AAGGGAAUGCUUCCAGACUGGUAUUUUUAGUAGCUGGAAAUACAAAGAUUCUGCCGGUUUUGUUGACAGUGCCUGCUUAACGCCACUGAGUUGGCAUACUGAUUCCUGCAUGUUUUCCCAUGUGCACCCUGUUGGGUUUUAUUUUACCCAGUAUUAUGUCAGUGCUUGACUUGUUUGAAUCAAUAGAAUCAGUAAGAGCAUCAGGAAAGACACAGGCUUUUGUACUGAUGCUUUAAGCUAUUGGGCAGAGUUUGUCUUCCAGAUCUGUAUGUGUUGAUGAGAAAAUGAAGAACCUCCUCCCAGCUGCUUGUUACUAUCCUCCUUCUAAAAUUUGCUGCUGACUGAGAUUCAUCAGCUGAUCUGCUUGGAGGCUAUUUAACCUCUUAAAACUAAUCCAGAUUGCUGGUAAUAAUGCAGGUUAGGGAGUGUUCCUCUGAGCAGCUGAAGUGGCAGAUCUUUGAAGCUAGUAACACAGGGAAGAGUAGGGAGGUGGAAAACCACUGAGAACAGGCCAGUAGCAAUGGCCCCUGGAAGCAAGUUUAAGAACGUUGAAUUGAUAUUACCCUGUGAAUGGAAGGAAUGCUGCUUUGUAGGGAAAUGCAUGGAGGAAUUUUGUAAUCAUAUUGCAGAACACUUGGAUGAGUACCUACAGCACCCCCUGGAAACAGCAGAGCAGUACUGGUGUUGGUGGAGAAGUUGUGAAUUUGAGGCUAAAGAUCCCAGAGAGCUGGUAACACAUGUCAAUUUUCACAGUUACUACACCAAACUGAAGUUCAUAGGCUGUCAGUUAUGGGCACUGCACCAGGAUUUGCCCAUGUGUUUGAAGAGCAGCUGUAGCUGGCAUCAGUUACCAAAGACUUCAGAGGAGUUUGUUUGCCACUGGGAGAAUUGUGACGUUACCUUCAAUAACCCAGUGUGGUUUUAUCAGCAUGUUGCUAAUCAUGCCUAUGCUACUGAGGAAGAAAUUAUUGCAGAUCAGAAGAAAGCUGUUUAUUGUCACUGGAAAGAUUGUUUAGGUGUAUUUAAAGGAAAGCAUAAGCUCUGGGAUCAUUUAAGAACCCACACGCAGGAAAGAGUGGUAGCAUGUCCUACUUGUGGAGGAAUGUUCUCCAAUAACACUAAGUUUUUCGAUCACACAAAGAGACAAGUUUCAGAAGGUAAUCGAAUGUUUGUUUGCCAGAACUGUCAGAAACAUUUUGCCGAUGAAAGGCUGCUACGCGAUCACAUGAGGAGACAUGUUAAUCAUGUUACAUGUGCCCUUUGUGACAUGGUAUGCACAAGUGUCUCCUCACUGAAAGCACACACCAGAUUCCGACACUGUAAUGAACGUCCUUUCCAUUGUCAUCUCUGUGACAGCAGUUUUAAGAACGCGUAUGAUCUGCAUAAACAUGUUGAAACACACAAUGAUUCAGAUGCCUACAGCUGUGAUGUUGAAGGAUGUGGUUUUAUUUCACGGACUUUACAAACUUUGAAACGGCAUUACAAGAGAGUGCAUGUGAGUAAUGGCAUUCUGAAAUACAAAUGCCACAUCUGUCAGAAAUGUUUCUCCUGGAGUUAUACAUUGACUCUACAUCUUCGAAAAGCUCAUAAACUCCACAGCCAUUCUCGUUUCAGAUAUAAAGAAGAUGAUGAGGGUCAUAUGAGUUUGAAUGUAGCAGUGUAUAAUGACAUCAUGGAUUCAGGUCAAGCAGUCAAUAACAAGACAGGAACAAAUAAGCCUUCCUCAAGUCAAAAUAGUUUUGGAAGAGAAGGAGAAGACUCAUGCAAACGAGACACUUCAACAGUAGAAGUGCUUUUCACGCAGCUUCAGCCAGGGUCACAAGCUACUGGGGAAAAUGUUUGGGUAGAAACAGAGACUUCUAUGCCAGAGCCCGUGUAUUCUGAACUUCAAACUGCUGUACAGCCAUUUGAAAGCUGUUGUACUUCCAAUGAAGUUGAUGAAGCAACACCAAUGAAUGUGAAGGAAAAACCAGCAGAAAUGGAGGUGGGCUUGGGAAUUCAGAUAGCUUUCUAAAGAAAACAGCCUUUCAACGGAUUCUUACUGUGAAAGCUAUACUCUUCUGAAGAGGUUUAUUCUCUUAAAUAAAACAGUUUUUAAAGUC